UGGGCACGUUACCUUUCACCUAAUGCCUCAGUUCACCUAGCAGUAAAUAGGUAUGAUGGCCAAACCACCCGUCAGAAAAUGAAGACAUGAUGUUUCGGUUGGUCUUGGACCAUUAAGAAGUCUUGUAGACUUUAUAACGGUCCAGGACAGACCGAAUUGUAGUCGUUUCUUCAUUUUCUGAUGUGUGGUUUGGUCAUCGUACUCAUUUACUGCUAGGUAAACAGGUGCAUCAGGAGAAAGGAAAAUGCUAAAUAGUUUGUUCUGCCCAAGACAAACUGUUGUUUCCGGGUUGCUCGAUUGUGAUCCACUGAUGUAGACCACUGCACUACAGGACCAUAUGCAGAUUCGUCAAGUGAGGUGUAGCAGCCAUGGAAUCUAGUCUUGAUAGCUGGUGCUUGGUGUGCAACAAGCUCAUCAAAGAAGCAUCAGUUAACAUAAACUCAAAUCUGGCAGCAAAGAAUGGUACUAUCCUAAGCCAGAUAUCUCGGGUUGUGAGUUCUGAGGACGUGCUUGAAGCAUGUCGUGUGUCAGAAGUUGUAUGUUCGUUAUGUCUGAAAAUAUUAUUAAAUAUUGUUAACCUUGAAUGUAAAAUAGUAACAUUGCAGAAUGAAUUUCGAGAAACAUUCAAAAGUGGAAUAGAGUCUCGUAAAGGUGGCAUUGAUGCAUCCCUAACAGCCCAAGUGAUGCCCAGACUUACACCCGAUGAAGAUUUAUUUAAAGAGCCAAGAGUUUGUGCAAAUAAAGAGUGGAGUGUUAAUCCUGGAUCUGAGCAAGGCUAUCAAGGGGAUAGCAUAAAAACUUUCACAAACAUAUCUGGUGAAGAAUCUGAUAUUAUUGACUGUUCAAAUCAUGAUUUGUUAUCCGAAAAUAGAUCAGAAUGUGAGAAAACAUUUUCCAUUAAAUUUGACUUGUGUGAUAGUGUUGAAAAUGAACAAUGCAAUGAUAUUGGCAAGUUGUCAUUCAAUCAUGCAAGGAAGUUCAGUGAGUUAGUACCAUCACAUAAUCUUGAGGGUAACACUGAAGCAAGUUGUAUUACUCACAACGAUGAUGACCAGAGGAUCACAUUUAAAAAACCCAAGUGUGAAUCAUCUUUGCCAGAUUGUCCAUCUAGUCCCACCAGUGAACAUCUUGCUGACACAGUGAAAUUGGAAGAUUGUGACCAGCCCACAAGCAGUAUUGAAAUUUGUCCAGUGGAAACAGAGAAUGCAGGAAGGAGUACAUCUGUAUUUACAGACAUGAAUAAUCUUGAUGUAAGUGUAUGUAUAGAAGAGGAGAAUAUAAAUAAUUCCACCAUAGUUAGAAAUGGGACAACUAAAACAAGGCCACGAAGAUGCAAACGACAGACAAAACUUCAGCGACACAAGAGAAAAAAGAAGGUUAAAGAAACAGAGGUAGAGAUAGAGGUGGAUGUAUUAAGAGAAGUGGAUUUUGAAGACGACUGGUCCUUAAAGGAAGACGAGAGCUCAGAGAGAGGUGAAAAUAACAUGAUGACCUGUGAGCUGUGUGGAGAGAGAUUUAGUGAUGCAAAACAGCUAGCAAAACACAGAGGAGAUGUACAUGCUUCUGUAUAUUGUCACGUUUGUGAGAAGUGUACAGACACCCGUUAUCGAGAGAAGGCCAAACUAACGCAACACCUCAGACGAAUCCAUAAAGUUCCAGUCCAUCAGUGCCCAGCGUGUGACCAUGAGGCACCAAGUCAAAAUUCUCUUGAUCAACAUAUCAUAAGCAAUCAUCCUGAUUCCCGAUUCUUCGAGUGUCGCAUUUGCCUCAAAGCUUUCAGGACUUACCGCUAUCUUAAUUUUGUACACAUAAAAAGGUGUCACUUUGUACUCCCAAUCAAGUAUACUUGUGAGAAGUGUAACAAAGGAUUUGUUGAUAAGUCCUCAUUUGAAAACCACAAAAUAAUACAUUCUGGAACUAGGAACUUUAGUUGUAAAUUCUGUGGAGCCAUGUUUCAGACAUCUUAUGCCCUGAAAGUGCAUGUUAAUACUCAUACACAAGAUAAAAAGUAUGUGUGUGUUGACUGUGGUUCUGCCUUUUUACGCAUCUGUAACUUAAGUGCACAUAAAAAGCGCUUUCAUAGUUCUGAUGAUGUAAGGUUACUGUGUGAAGUGUGUGGUAAGUCAAUGGCCACGCAGAAAGAUCUGCGACGUCAUCAAUUAGCACAUCACUCAAAAGAAAGGCCCUUUGCAUGCGGACAGUGUCCUAGAUCUUAUACAGCUAAAGAGAGUUUAAAGAGUCAUCUUAGAACACACACUGGAGAAAAGCCAUUCAAAUGUGCUUGCGGCAAAGCCUUCCAUAAGAGCACUGUCUUGCGUCGCCACCAGAGGUGUGUUCAUGUAGGAGAUGAUUUCCAACAAGAUGCAUUUAGUGGGCAUGAUGUAAGAAAUACAGUUCAAGUUGAUGAAGAGCAUAUGGUAGUAAUUACUUUAAAAGAAUGCAACCCUCCAGCUGUGUAUACUGUGCAGAAUGCACCAACACACUUGCAGGAAAUAAUGGUUUCUAAUGAAACUCACCCUCAUAGUGGAAGCCUAAUUGCUGAGAAUGUGCCACCUUCUCAUGAUGCAGGACUACCUCUUUUGCACCAACAACUUGGAACAAUAAGCACAGGAAGGAUUGGUCUUUCAACACCUGUUCUGUUUACAACACUGGAUACUAACUCUAUUAGUGUUCAACAUGGUCAGGAUACAAUACAAGAUGGAAUAUCCUCGACAUCAUUUUCAACAGAUGUCACAUCUAUUGGUAGUGACCUUCAAGCAACUUCUCUGCCUUUCCAACAAGCACCAUCUAGUCUCCAGUCAAAGGAGCAGGAUUCCUUGGCAUCAUUUCCAACUGAAACUCCAGUGACAUGUUCACCAUUGGCCACACAGCUGCUGCAGUUACCUGCCCUGCAAACCAGUUCUGCUAGCAGUGCUCCCGUUACUUUUAUUGCAACGUGGCCAUCUUCUGCUUUAUAAAGGUUGUAACACACACUUGCUUAUCUUCACAUGAAGAUUUACGUAGUGUACUGUCGUUGCAUAUAGAGUAUGCAUAGUGAUUUUACACGAAACACAGUAAAUGUUGUCUGUGUAUUAGACUACUGUAUUAUGUCCCAAUAAACAAAAAAGUAACAAGGCAAACGGGUUGUCAUCAUUGGGAAAGGUUAUCAUUUUGGUUAUGCUUGCGGAUAUUAUGUGGUAAAAUUUCACUUGAAUGUAGUACUACAGUGAUACUUCAGUUUUUAAAUUUAAUCCGUUCCCAGUGACGGGUCAUAACCCAAAAAUUCGCAACCCGAAACAAAUUUUCCCAUAAAAAAUAUUUCUUAUGGGAAGAAACACUUAUCUCUUAUAAUGUUUGGAAGGGGUAUACUCAAAAUUAUGGUGUGCAUAUUAGUGAUUCUAUUAUGUUCAUAAAACAAUAAACAAAUAGUUUUGCUGUUACAGUAUUACACACUAUAUACACACAGGUUAUAUAUAAGUAUCUGCAUGUGUUGUUCACCAUAACGAACCAACGAGUCGGUAUGGUGAGUCAAAAAGCAAUGAGAAGUGGCCACCACACCAGCCAAUCACUCGCCGCCACUUCCUCCGUCAACAACACCUUACACGCCAGCAUUCUCCUCCCACCAUACUGUUUUUGCUUUCAUUCACUAUUACAGGGUAUACAGAUAUUAUAUACAAGUAUCUACAUGUUUUAUUUUCCAUAACUGUACAACUAAGCUGGUAUGGUGAAUUCAGGCAAUAAGAGACGUUGCCACACACACCCACAGUCAGCUGGCGGCUGCCUCCCUCGCUGGUUCAAGAUCAGACGCACUAACAUUUCUCCCCCAACAAUUCUGUUUGAGGUGUUAUUACACUAUAUUCACACAUUAUAUGUAUCUACAUGUUUUUAUUCACCAUAACUGUACAACUAAGCUGGUAUGGUGCCCAAAGAGCAUAGUGGCCACCCUCUACACAGCUAGAAAAGUCAUGCAGAUGAUGCCACUCUCCAUCACCCAACUGGCUCCUUCCAACAUAAUCCUUUUGCUGUUAUUACGCUAAUACACAUGUUGUAUCUACAUUUGUGUUCAUCAUAGAGAACCACUGAACUGGUAUGGUGAAUGCAGACAAUAACAGUGGCCACUCAGAGUCAGCAGAUGACGCUAUCUCCCUCCCUCAGCAUUACUCCUCCCACCAUACAGCACAGUGCUAAUUAUCACAACAAUCCUACUAUUAUCAGAAUCCUGGUAAUUUUUAUCAAAUAGAGGUCUUCUGUAAUACUAUCAUCG